UAGUGAUGCAAACACUGUAACCGUGUGAGUGCGCUGCACAUGUGGGGGUCAGUGUGUAAGUGCAGAAUCCACUCAUGUUUCCUUCUCCAAAUUGAUAGCAGCAUUUCACUCUUCAGCUCCAGUAUCGUGAAGCAACAUGUCUGCCAUGUCACUGGAACGUUCCAUCGGCUCCCAGGAGGCAUCUAUGUCGGCUGUGGGAUCCAGAGGCCUGCGAUCCAGCUCCCAUCUUUCUGCCACACGUUCUGUUUUAAACUCAGCCAAAACUGAUGUGAAUGUAAAAUCCACAGGUUCAGCUGGUGUAAAGAAGAAGAGCCAGGUGGACCAGAAUCCUUUCAAGAUUCCUCCAGAUGUUGAUUUUUUUCUUCUUAGAGACCAGGAGAAACUGAAGAAAGAAAAGGAGAAGGAGCGCAAUAAGAACCUGAAAGUUCAUGAGAAAACAACAUAUACGACAAGAAUGAAUGCAAAGCUGGCUGGGUUACGCAAAGCAAUAGAGAACGAGGAGGCAGAAGAAAGCACAGAUAGAGAUCAAAAAGCCAUGGCAGUACCAGAAAAUCCUUCAUGGAAACUGGCAGUUACGAGAGAUGGACUGGCACAAAGGGAGAGCCUGCACGAGUAUAUUAAUAAAAAACGAGAGAUGUUCCUCCUGGAGUAUUCCCUCAUAGUUAAACGAGAUGAAAUCCAGAAGCUGGAGACCAUGGCGGCAGCAGAAGAGAUGAAGUUGGAGAAGGCUGAGCAGUAUUUGGAGGAAGAUGCCGUGAGGUUCGACGAGUUUUUGAAGCAGAAUGACCGGAACUCUGUGGAAGCCUUAAAGCUGGCUGACAAGGAAACCAAGGCAAAAAUGGAGAAGGUUGCGCAAAUCAAAAGUCAAACUGCACUUAUGAUGAAUACAAAAAGUGACAUUUCCAAAUGUGAAGAGAUCCUAAGGGAAUAUCUGAUGUACAAAGAGUUCCUCUACAAACUAUCCCCCAAGGAAUGGAGAGAAGAGAGGGAAAGGAAGAAUUUAGAGAGAAAGAAACCUCCUGCUACUCCUUUGCCUGUGGAAAAGGAGAAACAAGCUGGCUCCCUAUCUAAAGUGUCCAUGUCUCCCGAUAUGAUAAAGAAGGCAGAGAGCAGAUCGUCAGUACAAGGCAUGCAGAGCAGAGACUCCACUAGAGAUGGCCGCCGACUUUCCAGGCAAAGCGUUAAAGGACCAGCAGCUAAAAAGAUGAGUACCCCAGCACAGGCAGAAGAAGAGAAGGAUGCCACGGACAGCUUGAUAUCCUCAGACAGCGAAGAGGAGGCCGAGCUGUAUUUCAAUGAUCCACAGCAGCUGCUGGACAUUUUCUCUGAGCUAGAGGAGCAGAACCUUUCUUUGAUCCAAAACUCACAGGAGACAGAAGAGUCCCUUGAGGAAAUCAAGCAAAAUAUUGCCAUCACACAGGAUAAAAUGGAGAAGGAGACGCGGCAGCUAAAAGACCACAUUGACCAUCUAAAGGCUUCUAUUGUUAAAGAGGAGGAGAGGGCAGCUGAGCUGGAGCUGAAGUCUCGAGUGUUUGCUUUUGGGCAGUACAAAUCUGAAGAUCAGGAAAAGAUGCUGGCAGCACUGGGAGAGAAAGUGGAGGAAGUGUACCGAGCGUGCAUUGGGGAGAAUCGCUCAAACUACAAUGUCCUACAAAUGCUGAUGGCAAUAGAGCAUCAGCUGGAAGAACUGCUGGACAAUAUUGAGAUGAUCCCUCAGAAGAGGCUGGAGAUUGCAGAGAAAGCCAAAGAAAAGGAAAGGAGGCUGAGGUUGAGAGAGGAGAAAAUUAAACAGCAGAAGCAGCAUCAGGAGGAACGCUUGCGGAAAGCUCUAGAAAGAGCCCAAGCCGAUCCCAAGAAAACAACUGGCAGGAAGCUCAUGUCUCGCUCAGACCCUCCGGCCCCCAAGCUCAGAAUAGACAAGGACCAGGAUAAGAUUGACAAAGAGAAGGAGGAAGCGUUGCUCUUUUUUAGUUAGCCACAAGGAGUGAAUGUUUGACUGUAACCUUAUUGGUAACAUUGCUAAACUACUGGGAUGGCAGGCAUGGCAAUUAGAGAUUUAUUAGGCAAAUAUACUCUUCCACUACAGGUACAGCUGAAUGUCAGCCAGGGACAGACUAUCAUGGUUCCCAGGAAUACAUUUAUACAGGUAUGGAACCCAUUAUCCAGAAUGCUCUGGACCUGGGGUUUUCCGGAUAAGGGAUCUUUCCAUAA